AUGAACAAGCAAUUUUGUCAGUAUUCGACUCUAACUCUUCUUCUUUUAAGUUUCCACUGUUAUGCAUCACCUGUUCCAUUUGUUGAUCAAAGUCAACAUUAUGAACCAUCAGUUUUAUCAACGAAAAUUGAUGAACAAACAGAAAGUAUGAAACCAAUAGUUUCAAAUACACAUAUCUUAUGUUCACUUUAUGGCAUUUGUAAUGAUGAUGAUCAUUCAGAAGACAUCAGUGAUGACGAUAUAAAAUACAAACGUCUAUCAGCUAAUUUAUUUCAUGGUAUUCCAAAAUUUGGCAAGCGUGCAUUUUCAUCAGCAUUUGCUGGUAUACCCAAAUUUGGUUAA